GAGAGAACACUGUGCGCACCAUCGCCAUGGAUGGGACGGAAGGCCUGGUGAGAGGACAGAAAGUGCUGGACUCCGGUGCACCCAUCCGCAUCCCCGUCGGCCCCGAGACCCUGGGCAGGAUUAUGAACGUCAUCGGGGAACCCAUCGACGAGAGGGGCCCCAUCACGACAAAACAGUUUGCUGCUAUCCACGCCGAAGCCCCCGAGUUCGUGGAGAUGAGCGUUGAGCAGGAGAUCCUGGUGACGGGCAUCAAGGUCGUGGACCUGCUGGCUCCUUAUGCCAAGGGCGGCAAGAUCGGUUUGUUUGGAGGCGCUGGCGUCGGCAAGACGGUGCUGAUCAUGGAGCUGAUCAACAAC